AUGGUUGAUAUCAAUUUCACCGUCUUAAAAGACAGGGCAAUGGACGUUGACCCUGAUAUUAGAUUUAUGGCAUUGGAAGAUUUGCGUAAAUUUUUACAAGAUGAACCUGUUGCAUCAACAAGAACAAACUUGAAUUAUUCAUUGGAAUCCCUUUUCCCAGUUUUAUUAAACAUGUUAAGUGACCUGAACCCUGAUGUUCAAAGUCAAGCAGUGAAAUCUUUUGAACCAAUGGUUAAAUAUUUGUCCAAUGACACUCUUUUGAAAUUAGUCAAGAAAUUGUUCACUUUAGUUCAACAAGGAAGUGGUAGUUCAGGGUCGUCGACAGUUGCCAAUUUGAAAAAUUUCGCCAUUUCAAUCCCAAACAUGGCUCUUCGUUCAUUAUUUGCCCAAUCUAACUCCAGAGAUAAAUCGGAAUUUGUUUCAGAUAAAUUGUCUAGUUCAAAUUAUAGAUUCGACCCUCGUUUGGCAAGAGCUAUUAUGGAUUAUCUUAUCCCUCAAAUUGUUGACAACGACGUGACUAUUGAUUCAAUUGAAUUGUUAAUCGAUUUGAUUGCAGAAAUUGGAUACGUUUUACAUCAAGAUGAAUUGCUUAACUUGUCAAUGUUCUUGAUUAAAGUUGCGUUAUCUGAAACGGGGCUCAUUGGUAAGAAAUCCUUAGUAGCUUUGGAAAAAGUUGUUCCCUUGAUACGUACUAAUUCAGUUAUUGAUAACUUAUUAGCACAAAUAAGUCAACUGGAAAACCAAUCCAACUUGAACAUUAUUUUACAGUUAUAUUCUGUAUGCUUAAGACGCGGACUUCAACCAAACUCAGUUGAUGGUAUAUACAAUACCAUUGUUUCUAUUUUAAGAGCAGACUUGGGUGAUGACAUUGAUGAUUUAGAUUUUGAUGAUUUGGUUAAGAAGAAUUCAUUGAAGGACGAAUCUUUUACUACAUUGAUUGAUUUGGUUGCUCAAAAUUUCCUUCCAGCCCAAAAUAUUGAACAGGUUGUGGAAAUAAUCAAGUUUUAUUUGAAGUAUAACCCAUUAGCUCAAGAUGAUGAUUUUGAUGAAGAUGAAGACGACGACAUUGUCUUCAGUGAUGAUGAACAAGAAGGUGAAGAAGAUAGCGAGAAUGAUGGAUCAUGGAAAUUGAGAGCUAGAGCAACAAUUUUAGUUAGAGCAAUGCUUGAUGCUUUCCCUGAAUUACUCGAAUCCUUAACCAAUGACGUGCUUCUUUUGUUACCAUUUGAUGAUUCCAAUGAUCAAGUCGUUGCUGAGUCAAUCAAAACUGCCAUCGUUAUUGUCAACGCUACUUCGCCUCGUGAUGCUCAAAACGUCCACAAUAUUGGCCCAAUUAUCACCUCUCGUUUGUCAUCUGCUAAUGAAACUCAAUUGCCAUUGUUUCUCAAACUUGUUGAAUGCUUGAAUCGUUUUGAUAAUGUUGCUUUAGUUGAGGAGACGUUCAAUAUUUUUCAAUCACGUAUGUUGGUGACAUCUGGUUCAUUUGACUACUUGCAAUUUUAUUCAAGUGCUUUGAAAUUUCAUGAUAUAUUACCUUCAAGCGUUAUUACAUGGAUGGUUAAGGAUUUCAUUACCAAUCUUGAAGAUAAAUCAUUCAACAUGAUCAUUGACACUAUAAAGUGUUUGACUUUAUUAUUCCAGCAGGCUAAUCUUGGAAAUGUUGACAAAAUUGUUGAUCAAUUGAUUUGCAAAUUAGAAAAUAGCAAGAAAUAUCCGAGUGAUUUGAUUCGUCAAUCCAUUAUUGCUUUAGGGCAAGCAUAUGCAAAGUCUGAUAAAGAGAAGAUCUUGACUGCUUUGAAAACUUCCAUUGGAUUUGAAGGUACCAAUAAAGCUACCAUUGAUGUUCUUAAUCAGGUUUAUUCAGAUGAAGUGCCUGUAGAUUACUCAUCAUUUAUUCUUGGAAAAUUGAGUACAUCCAUCAUGUCAAGCAACGAAGGGACCUCUAUUGCCUCAUUGUCGUUAAUGCGCAAGAUAUUAUCCAUUGUACCAGGAGGACAAUACGAUGAAAUCAUUCGUAACUUGAUUCAAUUAUUGACUGUUACCAAUAAAACUAAUUAUGAAUGUAUUUUUGAUAUAUUCAACAGAUUAGCAGAAGGCAUAUUUCUGAACACCAAUUUCAAGGAGCAACUUUUGAGUUCAAUUGUUAAGUUGGUCAAUGAAAAUAAGAUCGAUGUUGAGGAAAGUUCAUUCUUUGAAUUUUUAACAAGAGCCUGUCAAUUUGAUGUUACUUUGUACGACUACUUCGAAGGUGCUCUUAACUUAGAUUCUCAAGUCAGUGCCAAAAUUCUUGCACUUUGUGCAAUUCAGAAUCAACUCGAUGAUAAGAUUACUAAGCGAAGACAAGAUUUCCAACUUUACUUUAGUAGUGACGUUAACAACAAAAAAUUUGCAUUCGAUAUUUUGUUCCUUGGUUAUGUCGGCAGUCAGGUCGAAAUUAAAGAGUUGGAUAUACAAACUUUAAUUGGAUUGUUGCAGGCAGAUAAAUUUAGCAGUGCUUUGAAUAUCCAAGCUGCUUCGACUGCCUUAGGUUUGAUUGCUAGGAAAAACGUUGAAUCUGGGGUACCAAUGAUCUUGGAUACCUUCACGAAGAGUGAUAAAUCUUCUAUUAGGGGUGCAUUACUCGAUGCCUUGUGUAUUGCAGUUAAUGCAUGCACUGAAGAGCAGAAGAAGUUCAUAUGGGAUAAAGUUUUCAACUAUCCAAUUGAAUUUCAUCACGAUGUGAUCUCCGAACUUAGAAAAUCAGGUGAGUUAUUAGGAAAGAUUGUCCAUUUUGAAGAAUUGGCUAUCAAAACAGAUAAUUUAAAGGAGAUAUAUCUUAUUCUAGUAAUUACCAAGUCUUUAUUGAGUAAUCUUCAAGCUACUCAAGUUAACAAUUCCUUGCUAGAUAAUUUGAUCAAAUCAUCAGUUGAAUGGCUUAAUGUUUUAAAUAUUGACAUUAGACAAAUCAUCAUUGGCAAUUUACUUACUGGAUUGCACACUAAGCCAACAACACUUUUGCCAAUAUUACAAGCAAUUAUACUUCCUGGUAUUUUUGCUCAAUUAAAGGCGGAAGAGCAAUUUAAGAAAAUCAUAACUAUGGGGCCAUCCAAAUAUGUUUUAGAUGAAGGAUUAGAAAUUAGAAAGCUUUGUUACGAGUUUAUUUAUUCAAUAAUUUCAUUAGACGAGGCAACACUUGCUAAAAAUCAAGUAAACCUUGAAGACAUUGCUGCCAAGAUCAUAGAGUUUGGUUUAACAGAUGAUCAAACCGACAUUACAUUAUUGACAUGUAUUAAUUUGAUUAACUAUAUUGAUUUGCACAAGUCUAGUGCAGUUGAAUUGGUCAGCAGAGACAGAGGUGUCUUGUUAGGUAAUAUGAUUACCAGUUUGAAAAAACAAUUGGGUAAGAAAUUGUCAUCCAAAGCAACAGCUCAAGAAACAGAGACUUUUCAAGAAAGAAUCAAGUCGAUAAUCAAGUUGUCCAAAAAAUUCAACGGUGUAGUUGAAGCAGCUGAAAAUAGUGAGCUAGCAACAGUUAUUAGAUCAUGGAAUGACUACAUUUCUGACUUAAAAGCCAACUUUACUAUAUAUUAUAAUAGCACUGAAGAUUUAUAG